CUUGAUGCGAAGAGUUGGAUCACGUCUCGUUGACAGGCGCGGAUCAUCAGAUCAAACUCGACGCUUCGCGUCUCGUGUGAUCUGAUGAUCUUCGCGAUAUACCAUGCAAGGUACAUAUAUAAGUUUUUUCUGUAGUUAAAAUUCUUUUUUUUUUUUAAAUAUAUGAAAAUCUAUCAGGAGUUUUGAUCAUGUACUUUUUUCAUCAUGUGCUUCAUUUUGAUCAUGUUCUUUGAUUUGAUAAAUGAUAUAAACGUCUAAUGUAUUGGAAAGUUUUGAUUUAUUUCAAAUGACAAAGUACAAUUGGGAAAGCCAUCUCCAUCCUGUAACCCUCCAGAGACUUUAUUAACCACAUAUUUUGCUGAAAGAAAACUGUCCCAUGUACCAUCCUUACGGAUGAGUAAGACUUCAUUAUAAUGGCUGAAUUUUUCUCUCUAGUGGGAUAUAAAUCCUAAAGCCAGACUUCGAAUCUAAUUGCUCCGUUGUGUAUUAUUUAAGUUCUCAAUUUUUUUAAAACAGGAACAGAGUAAUACCAGUGUUAUUAAUGACAUUGAAAAUUUCUCAAAGAAAGUGAGGCAUAAUGUUUAUAGCCAAAGCAGUUAUCAUAAUUUGAACUUAUUAGAUGAUUUUGAUAAAAUGAUUUGAAAGUAGGUUAUUUUCAAAGAAUUGCAGUAAAAUAAUAAAAUCUGAUGAUUUUUUAUGGAAUUAAAAACUGUACAUACAAUUCUUUAGCUUUAUGUAUGAUUUAUAAAUACAUUUAAGCACUUUUAUUCUUUUUAGUUGAACAUUGCAAGGUUUCUGUAGAGAAUUUAUAACAUAUCCUGCUUUCGACUGUUUAAUGUUUUUGUCCUGUUAUUUUUUAGGUUCCACCAGUGUAGUGUAUACACUGUCAAUAUGUCCUGUUUGGUUGCUAAACAUAGAUAUAUUUGUAACAGGAACGAGAGUGAAAUGCAACGUAUCAGCACCGGGGAUCGAAACCGGGGGUCACACUGUUUGAUGCCAGGGACGUCAUCACAAGACCAAAAUACCUUGGCUAACUGGGAUGGGAGAAAGGGGUUCUAGGAAAAACAUGAAUAGCCAGUGUUCAGGAGAAUUACCCGAAGAAGAAAAAAAGGAAGCACCCAACAAAGUGGUAAAGUAACCAUGGAAUUACAUUAGAUUGGAAAUGUCGAAGUUAGUACAGUUCGUUCCCGAGAGCUUGGAGAAGGACGUCCAUCAAACAGUACAGGACUGUGUAACUGUACCUGAGAUCUCUGGAACGGAGGCCAGACAGUUCUAUGAAGAUUUAGUGGCUGAUUCUACAAGUGAGGAUGAAAUUACACGGCAGCAAAGAGUUUCUCAUCUAUGGGAAAAAAGUGGCAAAAGCAAAAACAAUGUCCCAUGUUCAUCUGUUUUAACAUUCACGGAAAACGAUUUCCUUAAGGCAGCUCAAAAUGGCAACAUCAAAAUGCUUAAAAAGUGUUUGAGAGGUGGUAUAGAUAUUAAUUGUGUCGAUUCGUAUGGAUGGACAGGUUUGAUGUGUGCAAGUGGUAAUGGGAAAAGGGAAGUGGUUUCGUUUCUUCUAAGCAAAGGUAUUGAUAAGUACAUAACUGACAAAAAGAGCAGAGAUGCAGUUGCCAUAGCUAAAAGCACUGGGCAUGAAAGUCUGGCCAAUUUUAUAUAUAAAUUUGAAAAUCUUGUGAAAAGCUAUCAUUUUGAGAAACAGAAGACUGAGUCUAUUGAAUUUUUCUGUGAUGUUUGUAAUAAAAAUAUUCAGGAAAUAUCUCGGACAACCCACGAAACAUCCACUGUACAUUUGUUUAAUAGAAAACUAACGCCCAGACCUGACAGUUUUCUCAUUCAGCCAUACAACAGGGGCUACCAGUUAAUGUUAAAGAGUGGAUGGGAUGGAGAAAAAGGAUUAGGGUCAAGAGGUCAAGGGCAAAGACACCCAGUGAAAACAAUCCUGAAGAGGGACAGACAUUGUUUAGGUGUAGACCCUGAAAAAACCUCGAAAAAGCAGGCUAAGGUGACUCAUUUUGGACCCCAUGAUCAGAAGGCAGUGGAAAGGAAACUAAGAACUUCAACUCUCCAGAAAAGGGACCGGAAAAAACGGGAAACAAAGUCCCAAGUGUGGGAGAGAAAACUGAGAGAAGAAAUGAGUGAUUUUUUCUGAGAUUGUGACUGAAUUUUAACCUGUUAACAUGCAAUUUUUAAAUUCAGUGAACUUACUGAAAAAGAGGCACAUAGGACGCAUUUCAUUUUUUCCAUGUGGAACCAGUUAUUUGUAAAAGCGUGCCAAAUUAAUCUAAGUAUAAAUCAAGCUAUCUGAAAUAAAAUAUUUGGUAAGAUUAUA